AUAUGAUGCUCCACCAGUUCCUGUUUUCUGAAAAGCAAACAGAUUUCACCUAACUUCUGGCCAUAGAACUUCAGCCAUGAAGGUGACUGGCAUCUUUCUCCUCAUUGCCUUGGUCCUGCUCAGUUAUUCUGGUGACACUACAGCCUCUGCAGGAAAACAGGCUAAUUGCAACAAUAAAGUUGCUGGAUGCCCCAAGAAUUAUGACCCUGUAUGUGGGACUGAUGGACAGACUUAUGCCAAUGAAUGUAUGCUAUGUUUUGAAAAUAGGAAACGCCAAGUUCCUGUCCUUAUUCAAAAAUCUGGGCCUUGCUGAAAGCCAAGGAAGGUUUUGAAAUCCCCUAAAACUACAAUGCCUGUCUAUCUAAUUGAUAGUUGAAUAAAUGCAUUUGAAUACA